AUGGCAUCGAUGAUCAUCGCUAUCCAUACCCUGCUCCUGCCAGCUCAAGCUUUCAAAAGAGUUAAGCGAGUCAUUGCACCCAUUGUGGAAGGAAAAACAGGCCGAAAUUGA